GGGACUGGACCCUUGGCCCAUCCCACUCAUGGCCACCUCUGCAGCUGAUUCAGCAUCUUGCUCAUGCCCUGCACCCUGCUGGCCUUCCAGGCCCAGGCUCCCUCUCUGCUGAGUUUCUCAAUGUCUUCUCUCUCAGGGCCUUUGGACUUUGAGGCAUACAGCGCAGCUGCCCUGCAGGAAGCGAUGAAACGUUUGCGGGGAGCCAAGGCCUUUCGCCUUCCAGGACUGAGCCGGAGGGAGCGCGAGCCACCUACAGCUGUAGACCCCGUGGAGCCUGACGUGGCGCCGUGUCCGGAGGUGGAUGAAGAAGGCUUCACUGUCCGGCCUGAUGUGACCCAGAACAGCACAGCUGAGCCCUCCCGCUUCUCGUCCAGCGACUCGGACUUUGACGACGAGGAGCCACGCAAGUUCUACGUGCACAUCAAGCCCGCCGCAGCCCGGGCCCCAGCCUGCAGCCCCGAGGCAGCUGCCGCGCAGCUCAGGGCCACGGCGGGCAGCCUCAUCCUCCCUCCGGGCCCAGGGGGCACCAUGAAGCGCCAUUCUUCCCGGGACGCUGCUGGGAAACCACAGAGGCCUCGGUCUGCCCCAAGGGCCAGCAGCUGCACGGAGAAGCUGCAAUCAGAUGAGCAGUUUUCUAAGAACCUCUUUGGGCCACCCCUAGAGUCAGCCUUUGACCACGAAGAUUUUACAGGGUCCAGCAGUCUGGGCUUUACCUCCAGCCCCUCGCCUUUCUCCUCCUCAUCUCCAGAGAACGUGGAGGACUCUGGCCUGGACUCCCCAUCUCACACAGCACCAGGCCCCUUCCCCGAAUCCUGGGUCCCCCGCCCGGGCACCCCACAGAGCCCACCUAGCUGUAGGGCGCAGCCACCUGAGUUGAGGGGAACACGGCCCCUGCUGUCCUCGGAUUCGCCACAGCCCCUGGCAUCGUCCCCAGGCCCCUGGGGGCUGGAGGCCGUGGCUGGAGGAGAGCCAAGGCCGGUACCUGCCGACCCCACGGCCAUGGAGGGCCUGGCAGCCCCACCCCGGAGGCCCCGCUCCAGGAAGGUGUCCUGCCCCCUCUUGGGCAGCAACGGGGAUCUGUCUCAUUCUCUGAGUCCCUCCCCACUCGGCUCUUCAGUGCCCUGCACUGGCCCAGAACGUUCCAACUUCUCAUCGCAGACAGGUCACGGGAUCUCCCGGGGCCCAAGCCCUGUGGUCCUGGGCUCCCAGGAUGCCCUGCCCGUGGCCACCGUCUUCACCGAGUACGUCCACGCCUACUUCCGUGGCCACAGCCCCAGCUGCCUGGCUCGAGUAACUGGGGAGCUGACCAUGACCUUCCCAGCUGGCAUCGUGCGUGUAUUCAGCGGGACCCCGCCCCCGCCCGUCCUCAGCUUCCGUCUGGUGCACACAGCCCCCAUUGAGCACUUCCAGCCCAGCGCCGAUCUCCUCUUCAGUGACCCCUCGCAGAGCGACCCUGAGACCAAAGACUUCUGGCUCAACAUGACAGCCCUGACUGAAGCGCUGCAGCGCCAGGCAGAGCAGAACCCAGCCGCCUCCUACUACAACGUGGUGCUGCUGCGGUACCAGUUCUCCCGCCCGGGGCCCCAGUGUGUGCCUCUGCAGCUGAGCGCCCACUGGCAGUGCGAGGCGACCCUCACUCAGGUCUCGGUGGAAUACAGCUACCGGCCGGGUGCCACGGCAGUGCCUACGCCGCUCACCAAUGUCCAGGUCCUGUUGCCUGUGGGGGAGCCUGUGACCAAUGUCCACCUGCAGCCAGCCGCUGUCUGGAACCUGGAUGAGAAGCGGUUCCUAUGGAAGCUUCCGGAUGUGUCCGAGGCAGGGGGCUCCGGUCGCCUGUCUGCCAGCUGGGAGCCGCGCUCAGGGCCCAGCACUCCCAGCCCCGUGGCCGCUCAGUUCACCAGUGAAGGGGCCACUCUGUCCGGCGUGGACCUGGAGCUGGUGGGCAGUGGCUACCGCAUGUCACUAGUAAAAAGAAGGUUUGCCACAGGUAGGCCCCACCCCGCUACUGCCGCGCCCCUGCGAGCCAGGGCACAGGAGUUGUGGGAGGCAUUUGGGGUGUUUGGAAGGGAUAGGUGGUUAUUGGGGUAUGAAGAUCCAGGAUGGGGGUGGCGACCCAGGCAGGGAGGGAUGGCCAAGACCCCCGUGGGAGGGGUCAAAAAGGAAGAUGAAUGUUUCUGGGUUGUCCCCUGGAGGCUGGGUGUUCUUGCAAGGAUCCGAGGCCUGGAGCCUGAAGCCCCGCAGCAGCGACACCCUCACUCCAUUCGCCGGCCCCUCAAGGAGUGGCUGGGGCCCACGGGGCAGUGAGUUAAGGGGCGUUUUGAGAAAGAUUGGGGGGUCCCAGGGUAGAAACAAGUGACCCUUCCCCACUCACGGCCCUGC